AUGCAUUCUGAGCGCUCUUCUUUUGGUGUAGGUUUCCGCUUCUGUAUUAAAGAAAUUGUGGACCCACUUGAAAUUGUAACAAUGUGCACUCAGAAACGUACCCCACAUUUGGCUGUAAGGUACGUAUGUAUGCUUCCACAUGCACAUGUUUUGUUCAGUUCUAUCAUUCAUGAAUUUGGAAAGAGACAGGAUCUGGCAUCUGCUUUGAUUGCAUAUGAAGCUUCCAGGAGCAAAUCAGACAAGCCUAAUAUGUAUGUUUGUCGUACUAUAAUUGAUGUUUGUGGUGUCUGUGGUGACUCUUUAAGAUCUCGAUACAUUUAUGAGGACUUGCUCGCUCAGAAGGUCAUCCCCAAUACUUACGUUUUCAACAGUCUCAUGAAUGUGAAUGCCAAUGAUUUGAAUUAUACCUUAUAUGUCUACAAGCAAAUGCAAAACCUAGGUGUUAUUGGAGAUGUGGCGUCUUAUAAUAUACUCUUAAAGGCAUGCUCUCUUGCUGAAAGAGUUGAUUUGGCUCAAGACAUUUAUAAGGAAAUAAAGCAUAUGGCAUCAAAAGGGGCACUGAAAUUGGAUGUCAUCACAUACAGUACUAUUAUUAAGGUCUUUGCAGAUGCAAAAUUGUGGCAAAUGGCUCUGAAAGUCAAAGAAGACAUGCUUUUGUCUGGUGUUACUCCAAAUUUAGUUACAUGGUCUUCAUUGAUCAAUGCAUGUGCCAAUGUGGGUCUUGUAGAAAAGGCAAUUCAAGUAUUUGAAGAGAUGCUUCUUGCUGGUUGUGAACUUAAUUCGCAGUGUUUCAACAUUCUUCUUCAUGCUUGUGUUGAGGCAUGUCAGUAUGACAGAGCUUUUCGUAUGUUCCAGUCUUGGAAGGAGAGUGGGGUCUGGAAGAUUUGUGAUACUAAAGAAAGUAAUGUUCCCUUUGCACCUACAACUACAACAUAUAAUAUUUUGAUGAAGGCCUGUGGUACUGAUUACUACCGUGCUAAAGCUUUGAUGGAGGAGAUGAAGACAGCAGGUCUCUCUCCCAAUCACAUUAGCUGGUCAAUAUUGAUUGAUAUUGGUGGAAACUCUGGAAAUGCUGGGGGUGCUAUACAGGCUCUGAAAACUAUGCAAGAUGAAGGAAUUAAACCCGAUGUUGUUGCAUACACGGCAGCCAUCAAGGCUUGUGUAGAAAACAAGAAUUUGAAGAUAGCUUUUUUAUUAUUCGAAGAAAUGAAAGGACAUAGAUUACAACCAAAUUUGGUGACAUAUAAUACACUUCUAAGAGCCCGUAGCAGAUAUGGUUCCGUACAAGAAGUACAGCAAUGCCUGGCUAUAUAUCAAGAUAUGCGGAAAGCAGGGUACAAUUCCAAUGACUAUUACCUCAAGCAAUUAAUUGAGAAGUGGUGUGAAGGAGUAAUACAGGAUAGCGAUCAAAAUCAAGGUCUACUGGCCUCAGGAAGUUCUUCUAUCAAAACUGAUCUAAAGAAACCUCAAAGUUUUCUUCUUGAAAAAGUUGCUGGUCACUUGCAAAAGGAUAUCGCUGAGAGCCUUGUGAUGGAUCUUCAAGGCCUCACCAAGGUUGAAGCUCGUAUUGUUGUUCUUGCAGUUUUGUGGAUGAUCAAAGAGAGCUGCACUCUAGGAAAUCCAAUCAAAGAUGACAUGACCAUCAUUCUAGGAAUCAAGAGAAAAGGUCCAGGUGCCACAAACCAUGCUUCUGAGGUGCAGAAUGCAGUUAUCGAACUUUUGCAGGAUGAACUGGGCUUAGAUGUCAUCCUGGAACAACCUAGAAUUCCAAUUACUAGAAAUGAUUUUGGAAGCCCUUUCAACCCAGACAUGAACAAUGAAAAUAACAUGAACAGCAGGCUGCCCAUUGACUUUGAACCCUUGGCCAGAAGACCUGCAGUAUUACAAAGGCUAAAGGUCACAAGGAAGUCAUUGUAUCACUGGUUACAGAGAAGAGUAGGUGUCAUUAGAAGAUAAGUAUCACAUGACAUCCUCCAAAUCCAAUUUUGUAUAUAGUUAGUAUACAAUUUCUGAAGCAGAAUAAGCUCACUACAUUGUAAUAUUUACAGAUACUAUGAAUCAUUGGAAUAGUCUGUACAGCUGAUGCUG